CUCCACAUGAGAAGAGAAACGACCAACGGUUCUUAUUUAAAGCAAAUAAUAAAUACUGAAAGACAAGACAAGAGAUAAAUAAUAACUAGUUGUAGCUGCUGGGGAGAGUGGAACAUAAUAAACAUGACAAUGAAGCUGCUGCUUUUGGUAGCCGUUGUUGAAGUUGCAUGCUUAGUUUCUGGGAUCUUGUCCUUUGGAUCUGAGACACUCUCUGAGCUUUCUUUCUUAGAAAACGAUGUCGUCUCAACAGCAAGACCUUCCUCUUCAUCUCAACCUCUUAUGGUCGACCUCACUCUCAUUCAAGGAGCUGAUUCUAAAGGAGCUGUCUGUUUGGAUGGAACGGUGCCUGGAUACCAUUUGGAUCGUGGAUUUGGAUCUGGUGCAGAUAGUUGGCUAAUUCAUUUGGAGGGAGGAGGAUGGUGUAAUACCAUCAGAAACUGUGUCUAUAGAAAAAAUACUCGUCGUGGAUCCUCGAAACACAUGGAAAAUCAAAUACCAUUCACGGGAAUAUUGAGCAACAAACCUGAAGAAAACCCUGAUUUCUUUAACUGGAAUAGAGUUAAAUUACGGUACUGUGAUGGGGCGUCUUUCAGUGGAGAUAGUGAAGAUGAGUCUGCACAGCUUCAAUUUCGAGGACAAAAAAUAUGGCUAGCUGCAAUGGAGGAAUUAAUGUCCAAAGGAAUGCAGAAAGCCGAUCAGGCACUUCUCUCUGGAUGCUCUGCGGGUGGUCUGGCAUCGAUAAUACACUGUGAUGAGUUCCGGAGCUUGUUUCCAAAAUCUUCCAAAGUCAAAUGUUUGAGUGAUGGAGGUUUUUUUCUUGACGUAAUGGAUGUAUCUGGGGGACGCACACUGAGGACUCUUUUUGGAGGUGUGGUUCAGUUGCAGGAGUUACAAAAAAAUCUGCCAAAAAGUUGUCUUGACCAACUAGACCCAACUUCGUGCUUCUUUCCUCAGAAUAUGAUCGAACAUGUUGAGACCCCAUUGUUUCUACUCAACGCUGCUUAUGAUGUGUGGCAGGUCCAAGCUAGUUUAGCCCCACCUUCAGCUGACCGCCUUGGCUCUUGGAAUGAAUGCAAAUCGAACCAUGCAAAUUGUAGCUCAUCUCAAAUGCAGUUCCUCCAAGACUUCAGAAAUCAAAUGCUUAGUGACAUUAAAGACUUCUCGAGCUCAUCUCAAACUGGGCUAUUCAUAAAUUCUUGUUUUGCUCAUUGUCAGUCUGAGAGACAGGAGACAUGGUUUGCUGAUGACUCUCCCCUUAUCGAGGACAAGCCAAUUGCAGUUGCUAUUGGAGACUGGUAUUUUGAUCGAGAAGUUGUCAAAGCUAUUGACUGUGCUUACCCGUGUGACAACAGCUGCCAUAAUCUGGUGUUUAACUUUAAGUGAACAAAAUUUGUUGUCUCCUCGUUCCACUUUAAUCCUUGUAACUGCAAUGAAUAUUCCACAAUUAACAUUCAUUGAUUAUUAUGGAAAGACCAUUCUUAGUUUAUCAGCAUUUUCAUUAGUAGUCAUUUAUCUACUUUUGGUUAGAAUAUAAAAAAAUGGACAGUGAUUUUAA